UUAAAUUACACACAUAGAACGCCCAACGGUCCAACUUUGACUCUCUCGCUCUAGAAAAAUUCUCUCUGGAAUGCUGGUCAUCUACAAAUUCAACUCCUCGCGCAUGGGUUUCCCAAACCCUGAAAACCCUAAACACCUGUUAUUUGAAACCCUAGGAAGACCGUUUAAUUUCUGAUUCAAUUGCACUCGAAUUUCCAAAGCCCCAACGCCAUCAUGGAAACGGUAUCGUUGGAUUUCCUGGUCCCGUCCUUAUGGGAGAUCGAGGUCACAGUGGUUGCCUCCGUCUUCGUGAUCUUCGCUUACUGGUUCUUCACGUACAGGGGCGGCGGAGCUGAAUAUGCUGAUCGCCCAGUUGUGGACAAUUCUGGUGCUUUCGGAGAUGCCAUUGAUGAAAAAGACAAGAUCCAGUUGAAAGGAGAUCUUCAAAACAGUUCUGCAUAUUUAAUCAAGCUGGAACUGUUGGCUGCUAAGAAUCUCAUCGGUGCAAACUUAAAUGGCACGUCGGAUCCCUAUGCUAUGAUCACUUGUGGAACAGAAAAGCGAUUCAGUUCAAUGGUCCCUGGUUCAAGAAAUCCUAUGUGGGGAGAGGAGUUUAAUUUUUCUGUUGAUGAGCUUCCUGUCAAGAUUAAUGUGACAAUAUAUGACUGGGAUAUAAUAUGGAAAAGCACUGUUCUUGGUUCAGUGACUGUUCCAGUUGAAAGUGAGGGUCAAACAGGUGCAGUAUGGUAUACAUUGGAUAGCCCAUCGGGGCAGGUGUGUCUCCAUAUAAAAACAAUAAAACUCCCUGUGAAUUCUUCAAGGGCUAUGAAUGGCUAUGCUGGAGCUAAUGCUCGAAGAUGGGUACCUUCAGAUAAACAAGGGCCCACAGUGGUUCAUCAAAAGCCAGGCCCUCUCCAAACUAUAUUUAAUCUACUUCCAGAUGAGGUUGUGGAACAUAGUUAUUCAUGUGCACUUGAGAGGUCAUUCUUGUAUCAUGGCCGUAUGUAUGUCUCUGCAUGGCACAUUUGCUUCCACUCUAAUGUGUUUUCUAAGCAAAUGAAGGUCAUCAUACCAUUUGGUGAUAUUGAUGAGAUUCGGAGGAGUCAGCAUGCAUUCAUUAAUCCUGCUAUAACAAUUAUACUUCGCAUGGGUGCUGGUGGGCAUGGUGUACCUCCUUUGGGGAGUCCUGACGGUAGAGUGAGAUAUAAAUUUGCAUCAUUUUGGAACAGGAAUCAUGCAUUUAGAGGUCUCCAUCGCACAGAAAAGAAUUACCAUGCAAUGUUAGAAGCUGAGAAGAAGGAAAAGGCAGCGUCAGCACUGCGUGCACAUAGCAGUUCUGUAAAAGGAAGUCAGGCUAAGAUUCCUGAAGAUAUCAUCCCCAAAACUGGAAAGCUUCCAGGUUUUAUCAAGGAAGAAGUGAUAACUAGUAUAUAUAAUGAUGUUUUCCCAUGCACAGCUGAGAAGUUCUUCAAUUUGUUGUUGAGUGAUGGUUCAAAUUAUUUACAUGAGUAUCGUUCAGCACGAAAAGACACUAAUCUUGUUAUUGGACAGUGGCAUCCCGCAGAUGAAUAUGAUGGUCAACUCAGAGAAAUAACAUUCAGGUGCAUUUGUAACAGUCCCAUGUGCCCUCCAGAUACAGCCAUGACAGAAUGGCAGCAUGCUGUUUUAUCACCAGACAAGAAAACACUGGUGUUUGAGACAGUGCAGCAGGCUCAUGAUGUUCCAUUCGGGUCUUACUUUGAGGUCCAUGUCAGGUGGAGGUUGGAUAGUAACGAUGAAAACUCAUGUACUAUAGACAUAAAAGUUGGUGUACAUUUUAAGAAAUGGUGUGUGAUGCAAUCCAAAAUAAGGGCAGGGGCUAUUAACGAGUACAAGAAAGAGAUCGAGCUGAUGUUGGAAGUUGCCCGUUCAAACAUCAUCAAGACGACGAGUAAUUUGAGCGGUGAGAAUGACGAAGCCACAUCACCCUCUGUAACUCAAGAUAGCAGCUAAUUUUUCCGAUAAGGGCAGAUUGUUUGGCUUAUCUGUGCAAUAUGAUUGUACCAUAUUUUCCUACUAUUUGUAUGUAUGUUGAGCGACAAUUAAUUGUAUACGGAGAGGUUUGUCUUCUAUGUUCCAGUAUAACUUCACCCUGUCUCCUUCCGAGAAAGCGAGUGGUGUGUGUUCUAGUUCAUUGUGAAAUAAGUCAGCUUAUUUUCUUUUGUUUUUUGUUUGUCUUGAGUAUACACAUUAGUGAAAGAUCCUCAGUUUUGUGUUCAUUUUGUCGUCUAUUUAUAUUGACAUGGCUACCCUAUAA